GUGGGUUGGACAGCCAGUAGGGAGACUCUGGCGGGCCAGACGUUCAUCAGGAGAGGCGGAGCAACACCACAUGGGCAGCAACGACAGCAAGCGAAUACAUGCUCCCCACUGCUACUUCGAACUCGUCGGAUACCACUACCCAGCGCUGCAUUGAACUUUAGAGGAGCAGACUGAUCGCCGAAAGAAUCGAGUUGUGAGGUACGAAACGAGAAAGGCUCGAAACCAGCAGGCUCGUGGUGAUGAUUGGCGAGAGCAAGCGCCCAAGGUUAGCGGGGAUCCGACCGGCACCACAUUGCAGACAAGAAGGAACGAGGUCGCACAGAAUGAUGAUGGCAUCAAGUCUUCCCAGCCUAGCGAGGCUGGGGCUGUUCAAGUCAGCCAAUGACGCCAAGUCAAGAUUCAUCAACAAGCACAUUAGAGCGGCGACGCUCGCACAUACAUCAUCUUCGCCAGAGGUUGGCGAGGGCAUGGGAAGGCAAGAACCUCUUCCUCGUCACUGUAGCGGCCCUCCUGAAUUCCCUCGGGCAAAAGUAGCUGCACCAGUGGCGGUGAUGGCAACCGAGGCCGCCCUUGAGGACUACAGGCAGCGCCGGAGAGCCGAAAUAAUACGAGACCACAGGGGUCCCGGUAGUAAAAGCGAACCCCAAGGCCCCGGACCGGAGGGAUUGAAGUCAUUGGCUUCGGCGGUGCCGAAAGCGUCGGCGAGAGGAGCAAGCCUUCGGCGAGGCCGAUCCGACGACGGCUUCGUCGUCAGCAAGAAGACCAACCAACGUGAGCACCCUUCCCCGCGACACCCUCACCAGUAUCUGCGCCACCACCCUCACCCUUACCAACGCGGAGAGCACAAUAGCGAUCAACCCCAACCCAAGCAGCGCUCCCCAUCUACGCACGCGGUUAUUCUUCCGAAAGGAGGGGGGUUGGUUUUGAUAGGAGAAGACGGUGUUCGCAAGAGCAAAUUCCCGAGGGGCUGCGAGCCGUCAUCAGCGACGACGGCGAGCGCCGCUACCACGCCACCGCUUCAGAGUAAAUCAGGCGGCGAGAGCGAGGACGACGACGUAUUGGCACGUCUCUGCAACCCUAAGCAUUUCACGGGCACGGCCGCCACGGGGCGUCUCCCGGUCGUGGUUGAUCUCGAGCGAGGAGUCGGGGUGCUUCUCAAGGGCGCUUCAAUUGCGGUGAAAGAUCACAUCGGCAAGCAGGAAGUCAGCUGGAGGCUCAGGCUGGCAGAACGACUCUAGCCUGUGGCUUUCAUGUCCUGGCCUAAUAUAUGAUCUUCGAUGGGCAUGCAUUUGUUUCAUGUGUAGUGGGUUGGGUGGAGUCGAAGCCAACGCACCAAGAUUUCGGCGUGGCUCAGAUACAUUGGACGGGGUUACUUGUGUGGUGCUUCAAGAAGAAAAUGGGUUUAUAACCUUUAUCAACGAACUUUUCUUCGCGUGCCCGGAGGCCACUGUUGUUGUUUGUGUAGUGACAGAAUUAAA